CUUCCUCUUCUUCUCUGUUUAAAUUCCUGUCUUGUUGCUGUGACGUCACACGCAACAGGCAGAUGUAAUCAGUGAUAAAUGAUAAUACAUUCUGUGGCUCGGGGAAAUCAAAGAAUUGCGUCAUUUUACGUCAUGUCCCGCUGUCUGUCUCUCCUUUUCCUUCUCCUUCUGUUCCAUUCAUCAUCCCUCCAGGGGGUGGCGCUGUGGCGCCGGGGGAACCGAGUGUCUUCCAUCAACGCCUGCCAUCAGAAGGAGGCGCCGGACGGAGGACUGAUGGUUCGCUGCAGCGGACUCCGACUGACCCAGGUUCCUGCCGGUCUGUCCAACCACACAACCCGCCUGUUUCUGAAUCAGAACCGGCUCAGCUCUCUGCCGGCGUUCUGCUUCUCGGACCUGUUCCUGCUGGAUGAACUCGACCUCUCCCACAACCAGCUCUCCUCUCUUGAAGCCGGGUGUUUCUCUGGCCUGGCGUCGUCUCUCCGGUUCCUGGACCUCUCCUCCAACCGCCUCACCACGUUGGACCCGGCAGUUCUGGGUGGACUGCAGGUCCAAGCCAACCUGAGCCAGAACCCGUGGCACUGUGACUGCAGCAUGCAGGUGUCCCUACCUCAACUGGACAUGGACAAGUCCUCUCUGGAGAAAGUCAUCUGUCAGACUUCGGACCUUCCGAACCUCGGAGCUACUGGGCUUCCACUGGUCUUACUGGUGCAGGACUGGGAUCUGUGCCAGUCCGUGAGGAGAACCACCGACUUCCUGACGUUGACCACUAUGCUCCUCUGGUUCAUCAUGCUGCUUUCCUACCUGAUCCACUACAUCCGUCAUAACAAGGUGGUAGCCCGACGACACAUGGAGUACCUGAAGUUCCUGGAGAGCCGGGACCCGUUCAGACCCCGAUGACCCCAGAUGACCCCAAGAACGCUCAGCAAGCCACCUCAAAGGCCGCUAAUGCUGCAGUUUGUAACUUUUAUAACGAAUAUUUGUUAAAACUGUCA